AAAGCUCUCCAUCAAUCAAUAGUAUCUCAGCAAAGCCAGACACAUUCCGGGCUGAAAGCCCGUCGACAUGGACCUUUAUCUUCCCCCUCCCUCCAUGAUUUCGACACGAUCAUUUAGAAAAAAAGAGUGAGCAAUACUAAAAACCAUUCCCAAACGGGGACACACAACCCAGCUCAGAGAAGCAACCAUCCAGCCAGCUCCAAGAGCUCUGCAGCCAGUCAUGAGCAAGGACUGCGGCAACCACGGGGAUGACGACCUCCGGCAGGCGUGCCGCCGCCUGCUGUGCCUCCUCUUCGCGCUCGCCGUCAUCGUCGCCGUCAUAGCGCUCAUCGUCUACCUCGUCCUCCGCCCGACCCACCCGGGCUUCUUCCUCCAGGACGCCACGCUGCGGCAGCUCGACCUCUCCAACGGCUCCGCGCCGCUCCUCUCCACGGCGGUGCAGGUCACCAUCGCCUCCCGCAACCCCAACGGCCGCGUGGGCGUCUACUACGACCGCCUCGACGUCUACGCGUCCUACAAGUACCAGCAGGUCACGCUCGCCGCGCGGCUCCCGCCGGUGUACCAGGGCCACGGCGACGUCGACGUCUGGUCGCCGGUCCUGACGGGCCCCAACGUGCCCUUCGCGCCCUACCUCGCAGACGCGCUCAGCAAGGACGUCGCCGCGGGGUACCUCAUCAUGGAGGUCAGGAUCGACGGGCGCGUCCGGUGGAAGGUCGGCAGCUGGACCUCCGGCCACUACCACAUCUUCGUCACCUGCCCAGCGUUCCUCAUCACCGGUGGCGGCAACGGCGUGCCGGGGACCAACGGAUUCAGGUUCCAGACGGCGACCUACUGCCGUGUUGAGGUGUAGCUGUCGUGCUCUGCUCUGCUCUGCUCUGCUCCGGCGAGGUAGGUUGCUUUCUUGGCGGGUGGCACGAGGGUGUGCGCAUAGCGGAAGAGAGGGGGUGGUAACUGUAAUAAGUGUGGCAUGGAGGGGUAUAGAAGUAAAAAAGGACUGGUAAUUUAUUUUCGUGUGGCAACUUUGUUCAGUUUCAUGUUUAAUUGUUCAUAAACCUAAUAAUUACUGUAAAAAAUGUUUGCUUGUAGGUAUGCUA